AUGGCUCAGGUUGAUCAAGUUGAGGUUCCUACUCAAAAUGGUGUGACAAUGACAUCUUUAUAUGUUGGCGAUCUUGAUGCCUCCAUCAACGAAGCCGAUCUUUUUGAGAUAUUUAGCCAAAUGGGUUACGUCGUUUCAGUUCGGGUCUGCAGGGAUCUGAUCUCACAUCUGUCCCUUGGUUAUGGUUAUGUGAAUUUUAGUAAUCCUCAAGAAGCUUCUCGGGCAUUGAAUUUGAUGAAUUUUUCUACUGUUAAUGCUGCCAUAAGAACUGGUUUUCGAUUGUCAACAAGAAAGAGAGAGAUCAUAGUUACUGGAUUCAAAUCCAACAAUUGGUAUCAGAGCAUUGGAGAGGAAGUUCGAAGAAGAUCGUCUUGA